CCAUCAAAUCCUCAAUCUGUUCAUGCUCUUCCGGGAGACAAAGUUGCUUCAGAUUACAAAUUUAAGGAUACUAAAAUGGAAGUGGAAAAAGAUAAUAGCAAGAAUUCUUUGAAGUGGUUAGCACAGAAGUAUUACAAAGAUGUGGAUGAAACGAAUAAAAAUAUUUUGGAAGAAUUAGAUCAACUUAGUGACAUUAUCGGGGAGAGAACAUUAUACUUCACUAUAUUUUAA